AUGUCCGACGUCCCACCAACCGAGUCCAUUCCCAAACCAGAGGAACCUAAAGAACCACAACAGUCUCCUCAGCAACCUCAGUUCCAGCAAGUACCUCCGAAUUACUACCAAUUUCCACCUCAAGGUUACUACCCACCACAAGGCUUCCCGAACUACCCUCCUCAGCCUAUGCCUUACUGCCCCAACCCUUGGAUGUUUAUGCAAAACCCUGCCCCACAAUUCCAAUUCCAAUCUCAGUCCAAGAGAGACCAAGACUUCGAAGAAGGUCUGAACCGCUUACGCAAAGAGUAUGCUACAGCUCCAAUUGAGAGAAAGUUGUUCCCGGACCAAAAAAUAUAA